AUGAAGGUAUCAGCAGGAUUAUCCAGCCAAGUAAAGCACCUGCUGUCUACAGGUGACCUCAGCAAGCAGCAGCUCAGUACUCUCCUUAGCCACUCUUCGCAACUGAAAGACGCUUGCAAGAAGAACGCGAUCCCCCCAGCCAAGCUAUCGAUACCAAAGACACUGGAUGCUAAAUCUGUUGCUGUGAUUUUCAAUAAGAGAUCCACUCGUACGCGUGUUGCCGCAGAGACUUCUCUCCACGCUUUAGGUGGUCAUCCAUUGUUCCUGUCUCCUUCGGAUAUACAGCUUGGUGUGAAUGAGUCGCUCGAAGACACUGCUCGAGUCGUGAGCUCAAUGUCUGAUGGCAUAUUCGCCAGGGUUGGCGCACAUUCAGAUAUUCAGACUCUGGCAAAAUACUCAACUGUACCAGUGAUCAACGCACUGUGCGAUUUAUAUCAUCCAACUCAAAUUUUGGCUGAUUUGCUUACCAUCAGCGAGGUUUACGGCGUUAACUAUGGCAGCGAUGCGCCACUUUCGGGGCUAACGUUUAGCUGGGUUGGUGAUGCUAAUAACAUUAUAAACGACACGUUGCUCUCGCUACCAAGACUCGGUGGUAUCGUCAAAGUGGGGUGCCCUGAAGGAUACCAAAUCGAUCCAAUCAUAAUGAAUCAACUCAAAUCUCAAGGCGUUAUGGAUAAGGUUGUUUUUACUAGCAGCCCGUAUGAAGCUGUCAAAGGUGCCGAUGUGAUCGUCACCGAUACAUGGAUCUCAAUGGGUCAGGAAGACGAAAAGGCAAAGAGGCUUCAAGAUUUCAAGGGAUUCCAAGUAACUGAAGAUUUAGCGAGAAAGGGCGGUGCCAAAGAGAAUUGGAUGUUCAUGCAUUGCUUACCCAGGAAGGCAGAGGAAGUCGAUGACGAGGUAUUCUACGGUAAACGUUCAAGGGUGUUCCAGGAGGCGGAAAACAGGAAAAGAACGACCAUGUCCAUGUCGUUCAUGGUCACAGACUAUCUUAAUGAAUUAGUAAAGCAAUUCAAUUUCAAUUUCAAGGUUGACCACCUGUUUGAGUACAAGUCAUUGCUGGAGUUGCUCCUCGAGAACCCGCUUAACAAGUUCAAUAUAACUUACAAGGCAAUUCCAACAAACCAGCCAAUAGAUUUCCAUUAUAAGAUUAAAGAUAGCAUUGUCGGUGUUUUCACAGUCUCAACGAGAUACUACGCUAAAGAUGAAUUGAGCAAGGUGUUGAAAGUACUUGAGAUUGUGGUAUAUGCUUCACUUUCAAUCAUAUUAGAAUUAAAGCUGAUGGAGACCUACAAUAUCCAUAUUCUUAUCAAGAAAAGGUCCCUCGUCCGCCAAUUGAUCGACAGCCUAUUCAAGUACACCCAGCCACAGCAGCAAACCACCGCCCAGAAUAAGUACUCCAAAGUUACAGACAAGAUGGAAUCUCAGGUACUCUCUACUUCUCCUUCUGUUAAGUCCUUUCCAGCCGGUUUUCUUAUCCAAAAUCUCGCUAAGGAUGAUCAGACCAUUUCCUCAAACAUCAAGUCAGCAUUGAACUCUCUUUUAUCGCAUAAUUCUUCUUUCGACGGCUUCUUCAAUCACCAAUCCAUACCCAUUCUACACUCAACUGAGCACAAUCACGCUCAACUCUCUUUGAUCUCUUACUACAACCAGAAUGACAUGCGUUUGAUUGCUAAACUACUUCAAUUAUCCGAAUAUGAAAGUGGUUACUUUGAACAAUACACACACUUCACCUGGAGGCUAGAUAUUGCUGUCUUUGACAGCUUUGCUCCUUCCACACCUCCGCAGCAAUCAAGAAAGCUGCCACAACCUGAUGAUACCCCCAAACAGUCUAAGUCUCAUAUAUCCAUCUACCCCGACCAAGACCAUAACCACGAGUACAGCCACGACCACUCGAGAUACUCUAAGAGCACUAUUAAGGCAUGGAUUGAAUGUACCAUUUGCAAGAGUUGCACACCACACAACGAUUUAUCUGAAGGUGCUCAACUUUAUUCCUUUGGAAAGUAUUUAGAGCUCUUGCUCUACUCCAAUAGCUUUCUACCUUCAACGCUAUGUGAUCAUGCCAGAAGGUGUCUCGAUAGCAAUAUUCCUUCAAAGACCAACUUUGUCAGAUGGUUUGAUCUGUCUAGCAAAGCUAAGCUGAUCAGAAUGUCUCUUAACCCCGUAAACCCCUUUGAUAUCAAGGGUCCAAAAAUACAGAUCAAAGAAUCGCAGUCAAAUACAUCGGAUGAGUUUCAGUAUCCAACUGACGUUGAGCGAUUUAAGUUGAAGGAAGACAUUUCAGACUCGGUUGUGCGCUCAACACGGAAAGAUAUCGCCAUCUACUUUACAACCAAUGCUAGAGGUUGUUUGCAUGAUCUGCUUAGAGACUACUACAAUCACAUUGCCUCAACCAAGAAGAAGAAGGGUUCAAACAGCGAGCCCGAGUCAGCACAAAUGAGUCGGUCAAACAGUGGUACAGCAAAGUCUAUGUCGCAAGCAGCUGCGACUCUGAUGAAUAUCUCUCAAGCUGAUAACGGUCACUAUAAUGCCAAUGCUUUCCAACAGCCUGCGACAAUAUCUGGUGGAACCUCACCUCUGUUAAAACAACGCUUAACACCUGCCACUGCAACUGCCAACAGAAUAAAGAGACUAUUCGAUCAACAGGAACUCGAUUUACUCAAGCUUUUGAAAGAUGUUCCGCCUGAGCACGCUAAUGAUGUUAGAAGGAAGUUGAAGGAGACAAGCUAUGCGUGUAGAGCUCGACUACUUGCUUUCAAAAAUAAGUUCAUACCUGAGAGCUACUACAACAAGAAUGAGCAGCGCAAAAAGGAGAAGGAAAGAGAGAAAGAGAAAGAGAAAGAGAAAGAAAAGGAAAAAGAUAAGGAUCCUGCAGCGACGACUAAUGACAGCAAAAGCGAAGACUUUACUGGUCAAAAUCAGAAUCAAAAGGAACCAAGCGAGGACAACCUUAAAAAGGAAAUAGAAAGUAAUGAUUACCUCAACAACCCACGCGUGCAUGCCUUCCCAGGAAGUAGCAUUUUAGUCAGGGAAGAUGACCCAUCAUCUAUAAUAGCAUAUGCUUUAUCGUCUGAUUUGUAUCUGAACGAGAUGCAGAAGAUGAAGCAGGAACGUUUCAACGAUGAGAACGAAGACGACAUCAUACCUGAGGAACAUCAUGAUACGUCAAAUGAUAAAGAGAAUGAAAAGGAUAAGGAUAAAGAAAAAAGCAGGAAUGAAAAGAAAGACAAAGAUCAGCAACCUUCACAGACAGAGGUCGCAAAUUCCAACUGCGAACCAGACAGUGAAGAUCCAGCAGCAUUUUCGAACAAUUGUACAGAUUCUUGGACUUAUUCAGUGACGAGGAGAGAAGGUACUUCCGAUAAUCCAGGUGGCCUGCUUAAUUUAAGAAUGUUGUCUUCUAAGCGUUCGAUCGAUAGUCUAGGAAUGUUGAGGUUGCGAUCGCCUUCAUCUCGACCGACUUCAAUGAUGAGUGAUGCCUCUGUCAAUACAAACAUUCCGCAUCCUUCGAAUCUCUCAAUAGGUCCUUCAGCUGUGAGCAGCAAUCAGGUUGAACGUCAAAAUAGCAACGGUUCGACCGCUUCUAGUCACAGAAUGUCUCUUAGAAACACCGCUGAGAAUAGCGACGGUGACGCAAUACUCGAGAACCUGAUGUCUGCUGAGCAACCAGAGCAAGCGGAACAGUUAGAUGCACCUGUAGCAGCCGAUUCAGAAAAAUCACACAAGCGUUCAUUGUCUGCUUCUAGCAAUACAAGUUCAGCCAGCAAUACAACGCCAAAUGCGAGACAGAGAUCACCAAAUGGGCUCUCCUCAAGUUUACCUUCUCAGCCAAUUCCAAGACGCGUAUCUGAGCUAUCACAGAACAGUGACAGCGAAGGAGCAUCAGGUAACGUUAAUGAAAUAUGCGGUAAAUCUUGGACAUCUGAGCCUGAGAAUGCAUUGAAUGAUUUCGAGCAAUUGAGGAAGAGGGAGGAUGCGAACAAAGCAAUUGAGACACUCAAGGAGGAGGAAGAACCUCAAGAAGAUUUGGCAAGUCUGAAAGAGAUUGAUACAAACAGUGAACCGUCUGAAAUGAUGAAUCAGGAGAGUAAUAUGAGCUCAUCUUCAAAAUACGUACCACCACCACCUCCAAGCUCAGCUAAUAGCUUCAUUGAUGAAGAUAUGUCUGCUGACGAUAAUUAUAAAUCUGACUCACAGGUUUCCACGGCACCUACACUGAGACCUUCACUGACUACUAGAGCAUCAAGUAGUUUCAGUUCAAUAUUCGCUCUUGGUCGCAAUAAAGAGGGUAAUCUUCCUGAGGAUCAGUUGCACGCUCAACCAUCACUUUCGUCACUGCCUAAUGAGGAUAAGAGAGGUCGCAUUAUCAGCUCACGUAUGGAUGAAGCAGCUGCUAAUACUAGCAACAUUGAGGCGAAGGAGGUCAAAAAGUCACCUCACAUUAAAUAUGAGUUUGGAGACAAGACUAAAUUUGGUGUCACAAUCUACUUUGCGGAAGAAUUUGACGCUUUGAGGCGGAAAUGCGGCGUAAGUUCGCAGUUGAUUCAUUCAUUGUCGAGAAGUAUGAGUUGGAGAGCUGAGGGUGGUAAAACCAAAGCCAACUUCAGUAAGACUGUGGAUGAAAGAUUCGUGAUUAAGCAGUUGACGACGAGUUGGACGGUUGAUGAUAAGCAUGCUUUGUUGGAAUGGGCACCUGCUUAUUUCAAGCAUGUUGAGUCAAACAAACCUACACUGCUGUGUAAAAUCUUGGGUUUCUACAGCAUAAAAAUAACGCCACCAUCGGAAUCUAAAUCUAGCGUGCCUAUUCGAAUGGAUUUACUAGUGAUGGAGAAUCUCUUCCACUCGCAUUCUAUUUCGACAGUGUUUGAUUUGAAGGGUAUUGAAGGUCGCAAAUGUAAAUCUGGCGGUACAUUAGGCGAUGCUGAUUGGGAGAAAACUGAUAAUAUCAGCAUGCAUCUCAUACAUUCACACUCUAAGCACAUAAUCGAAGAGGCGUUGAAAAAUGAUACACAGUUCCUGAUGGAUCAGAACAUAAUGGAUUACUCAUUCUUAAUUGGCGUAGAUAUGAGAAGAAGAGAGUUGGUAGUUGGUAUAAUUGACGCAAUCGGUGCAUUUACCAUUGCCAAAUAUAUAGAGAGUGCAGGGAAACACUCAAAACAAGCCAUAUUUAAUCCGACUCAAUCAACGAGAUAUUCAAAAGUGACCGUUCUCCCACCAGUUGAAUAUCAGAAAAGAUUUUUACAGGCUAUGGAUAAGUACUUUUUGCCAUGUCCAGAUAAAUGGACAGCAAUCAAUAUAACGAAAGACAAUAAUGAUGAUGUUGAUACGAUAGUUUCGAAUGACCCACACAGUCAUUCACAUGGUUAUUCACACGGGUAUUCACGUAAAUUGCCCAAUCCAAUCUAA